AUGAAACGGAGACUCCUUCCUUCCUUUGUCAGCCUCCUCCUUGCAGCCCUGCUCCUUCCAGGUAAAGCAGAAACACGGCUUCGUUCCUGGACCCAGGCUCUUUCAGCAGUUGUCACUUUAGGGUUGUCCAGUGCCUCGUCCAUUAACCACUUAGUCACCGAAACCCCCAGUUUCCCCCAGGACGAAUUUCCUGCCCAAGGAGGAAAUGGAUCUGGGUUGUUGCAUCACAGAGUGAAACGCUUCCCUCCACGCACCCCCCCUUACCAGGAGCCUGGACCAAAUUACCAAAUUGUCAACUGCAAGAAAAAUGAGGGAUUCUGUCAAAAGUACUGUAAUUUUAUGGAAACACAAGUGGGCUACUGUUCAAAAAAGAAAGAAGCCUGCUGCUUACAUCCCUUCUGA